AUGGGUAUUUCCACCUUUUUCUGUUGUACUUCCUUGGUGGUGGUGGACUUGCAAGAAGGACUGCAAAAAAUUGGUUCGAUGGGCUUUGCUGAAUGUACCUCUUUGGUGACCAUUGCCAUGCCAUCUUCCGUUUCAACCAUUGCGGCACGAGCCUUUGAAAAAUGUACAGGAUUGGUGGAAGCCUAUCUUCCAAAUGAAGGUAGCCUCACCAAACUGGAUGAAGGUCUCUUUGCGUCAUGCUGUUGCUUAGUAGAAAGCAUCCAAAUCCCAUCCAGUGUACAAGUCAUCAGACGAGAAGCUCUUGUCGGAUGCACCUCUUUGGUCCAGGUGGAUUUUCCAAAUGUCCUUCGAACUAUUGAAGCAUUGGCCUUUUGGAAGUGUCACUCGAUCAAAGAUCUCGGUACUCCUCUACCGCCCACUGUCGAGACUAUUGAAUAUCUGACAUUUUCCGAGUGUCACCGGUUGACAGAAGUCUCAUUGCCACAAGGAUUGAAAGUCGUCAAUGUGGAAUGCUUUAGAGAAUGUGCACUCUUAGAGAAGGUCUAUCUCCCCGCGUCGGUGACGCAUAUCAUGGAGCGCGCCUUUAUGGGAUGUGCAAGCUUGUCAGAUGUCCAUUUAGUGGAAGGAUUACAAGUCAUUGAAGAGGGUGCCUUUGAGGACUGUGUCUCCUUGGCGGCCAUCCAAAUCCCAUCGACAGUCGAAAGCGUCUCCUAUGAAGCCUUUUCAAAUUGUCAAUCAUUGAUUUGCAUCGAGAUUUCUUCUUCCAGCUCGGUCGAACUUUGUGAUGGUGCCUUGGUUGGAUGUCAAUCCUUGGUCAAUAUCUGCCUUCCCAAAACUAACAAGGACGAGAAAUACUCCUAUCUGGAAUCGUGGAGAUUUCACGGUUGCCCCUUACUUCAGCAGCAGUACGAUUGCUGGCUGUUGGGCCGAAUG